UCGUAACGGACUAAACUAAAAAGUUUAGGGCAUUAUUGGUCUUAAACCCCUAGAGCCGAAAAUCCAAAUGACAGUAAAGUUCCCUCUCCUCCAAAUCCCUUCGAUAAAUUUCUUCGCGUCUCCUACCAGAAUUUCCCGGCACCGUCGAUUCAUCUUCAUGGCGAGCCAAAGCUACUUCGAUUCUCCCUCGGUGGCAACCACAGAUUACCCAGUACCAUUAUCUCCGCCAUUGCCUACCUUAUCUAAGGACAUAGAGCCGAAUAGAGCUUUAACGGCUUCUUCGAAAUCCGCUCUUUUUUCUCUUUCGAGAAGUCAUGUUAUAUUUGAAGACGAAUGGAUCAUUGCGGUUAAUAAGCCUCAAGGAAUUUACUGCGAGAGCGUUUUGUCUUCACUCCCGGAUUUACUCAAUGACACUGGGGCUAAUGUUUCCGAGCUUCAUUUAGCUAAUAGACUCGAUCGUGAUACAAGUGGUGUGAUGUUGAUUACUAAGUUACACAAAGUAGCUGCUAAGUUCGUAAAAGCAUUUACAGACCAUAAAGUAAGAAAAACAUAUCUGGCUUACUGCGUUGGGCUUGCUCCUAAAUGGGAAAAAAUAACUGUAAAAUCAGGUCAUGGACGAUCAAAAUAUGGAGCUUGGCGUGUUUAUGCUGCAUCAGAUGCGGGCAGAAAACUGCCAGGUGGAUCACUUGUUAAAGACAUGGAGACCUCUUUUGAAGUACUAUCAGUGAAUGGUCUUGGGUGUUUUAAAGAGGUUUCUGACUUACAUAAAGAUGAAGAUAUAGUCAUAGUUCAAGAGAAAUCAGUCAUCGGUUGUGACUUGAAGAAAGAUGAGAUUUUGGUCAGGGCGAGCCCUCGGAGUGGAAGAACACACCAAAUUCGCUUGCAUUGCCAGUAUCUUGGAAUUCCUAUACGAGGAGAUGUAAGAUAUGAAGGUGUCUAUGAGUGGAAAGGAAACAUAUACGAUAGUCAUGAACUUCAUGCAGAAAGUUUAUCUUUUGAGCAUCCUAUUACUGGGAAAUCAAUGCUGCUUCAGGCCCCUUUACCUUCCUGGGCUAUUCAACCUUUAAGGUCUCAGUUCGAGUAAUGAUUGCUUGCAGUUUGAUAGUAUUUUGAGCUCUCUCAAGCAAAUGAGCUGGUGUCCAGAUCAACUUCUGCAAAAAUGUUAGUGACUCUAUCCAUCAAGGUUCACAUUGAUGGAAAAAAGUUUGACAGUACGCUUUUUUGGAGGAUAAAGUUGCUGACGAUAUGUUAUUUAUCUUGCUUUGGACUAGAGAAAAAUAUGCUCGAUAGUUGUUGACUUUCCACUAUUUAGGAUUUUCUUAUACAAUAUCUGCAACGAAAUUGGAACAUACUGACUAAUAUGAAGUUAUUUAUGCGGAGCUCCUAUGGAGAUGUCCUCAUUCUCUGCAAUUUGUUCAACAAGGGAGAGAGGUGCAUAGAGGAGCUGCAGGCUGCAGCACCGGAAAGGAUUUCCAGUCAGAUGUUAUUGACAUUUUGGUAACUGCCUUUUAUGUUAAUCUGCAAGUUAUUGGACGAGGGAGGAAGCAGUAGAAAAGGAGCUGCAGACUGCUGCAUCGAAAAAGAUUUCCAGUCAGAUGUUAUCGACAUCUCAGUCACUUCCCAGUAUGCUAAUCGUUAUGGAGGACAUUGCAAUUCACGCCAAUAACAGUUGCAUCUCAUGUGUUGCAUCCAUUUCUUAUUAUCAGUGUUUGAUGUGUCUCCUUUGCUGGUAAACGGGGCUAAUGUGCAUAAGAUUGUUAUGAUCCCAGAGCUUCCUUGUUUUUAUUUAGCACUGUGGUAGUUUUUGCUCUAAUAGAGAUUGAAGUACUGAAUUGUAAAUCAUCAUUAUCGACAUGUUUUGUUUGAUUUGGUUUGCCUGAAGUUAUUACAUGGACUGAAACAGUGAAAUAGAUCAACAAUUAGUUAUGUGCUGUA